GGCGUAACCACAGCAGCAGGCACUUGGUUUUCAGUUAUAUUUCGACAUCCUCGCCUCGCACCGGCUCUCUCUGUAUAUCUUUCUACACACUUAACAUCCGAAUCGGCCUUUUGAUAAAUUUGCUUAGCAGCUUACUCCGAGCUCAUCUCAGUGAAAUCAUCCUGCGAAACAGCGGCAGGAUCUUAGAUGGUAUCGCCGCGCAAGCCGGCAUCGUCCUUUGGCCUAAAAGCACCCCGCUUGGAAGCGAGUAAUCUGAUGGCAGCGUCUGCCAAGAGCUGUGAGAGCCUGUUCUCGGCCAGUUCCCGGGAAUCGGCAAGUUUGAUUUACCAGCGGAGCAAACCGACUCCCCAACAACGUGCCGGGAUGAAGGGCUCCAGCAAUAGCCAUCCGUCGAUUGGCUCGCAGAACCACAGCGAGAUCCACCAGCGGGUCAUGUCCGCCAGGAAUCUGCGUGCCAAGACCUUCCAGAACCAACUGGCCGAUGCCCAGGCGGAGAUCGCCAACCUGGCCCACGAGAAUCGCAUGCUGCGCACCCUCCACAAACGCCAGUCCUCGGCCCUCAACAAAUACGAGUCCAACAACGCCGAGCUGCCGCAGCUGCUCCAUUCUCACGCCGAGGAGCUGCGCGUCUGGCAGACCAAGUACCGCAACCUGCAGGCCGUCAACAAGGAUCUGGAGCUGAAGCUGAAGCAGAAGGAGGCCAUCAUCCUGUCGCUGAGCGACCAGAACAAGCACUACAGCCAGCUCAACAAGGAUAAAAACCUGGACGAGCGCCAGAAGCUGCAGGAGAAGCUGAAAUCGCUGGAGCAGCGGCUGGAGGACAAGGACAACGACAUGAAGCUGAUGGCCCGCAAGGUGCAGCUGGAGUCCAAGAACUUCCGCCAGCAGCUGCUCAACGAGCAGAAGAAGGGCAAGGAGGUGAUGCUAAAACUGGAGAAGGCCAAGCUCGAGAUCAGUGGAUAUCGCAAGCUGGAGGAGUACACACUCGGCACCGACAAGAUAAAUCCCUUGUCCUCCGGUCGACGAACCAAGUUGAGCGGCGUCUCCGAGGAGCCGGAAAAGAUCGACAAGCUGGAGAAGUCCAUCGAGAUGCUGGACAAGGCCAUCGAGAAGAACAGCCAGAGCGAGUUCAACGCUCUGACGGAUGUCCUGGAGUCGGACUCGUUCUACGACUUCGAAAAGGACAGUGGCGAGGACAAGAGUGGACCCAAUAGCCCGCCAAGUCAGCUGGAGCGACAGCCGGGAGGCCGUGGCGGCAAGCUCAUCCUGCCGCCGGCCACCAACCAGGCCAAGAUGGGUCACAACGCCAGAAGCUCCACUCUCAGCCAGGUGCUCUCGGCCCAGGGCAAGAUCCCAGUGUCCUCGGCGAAGACUAUUCGAUCCAGGAUUAGCGGAGGAGCAGCUGCCAAGGCGGAGAGUUCCCUGGCCAGCAAGCGCCGCGGUCCGGAAAGCCUCUCCAAAAUGGCCUCCGCUGAGGUGAAGUCUAAGCAGUCGACGCUGAAAUCCCUGGAAUACGACUACGAUGAUGAUUACGAGCCGGCGGGCGAGGAUGACGAGGAUGAUGCCUACGGCCUGAUGAGCAAGAUGUGCGCCGAUGGCGGCGACCAAGAGCCGGAGGAGAACAGCGAGGAGAAUGCCAACGAUGCCAGUCUGGUGAAGUACGCGGCCUACAUGGAUGCCAAGAGCAGCGAGGGCGAUCCCCUAGAAGAAUCGCUGGAGGACGACGACGACGAGGGCACAGAUGGUCAAAAUACUCAGCGCAGCGAUGAAGAGUCGCAGGACAACAGUGUGCGUGCUCCGCGCCUCAAGGAGGACAUGUCCAGCCUGCGCAAGCAGAUCUCCGACGACUACAAGGAGCGCGAAAGCUUUCUGAAGACCUUCUGCCGGCAGGCGAGCAACAGCAACAUGCGCGACGAUCCGGCGCCCAAGAAGCGCAACAGCAUCGCCGGCGGAGCGGCGGCCAGCAGCCACAUGACCGGCAGUCGCAAACACGCCCUGUUGGCCGCCCUAAAAACGAUCGAUGACAACAAGAGCCAGGACUAAGAGCAAACACCAUGUUAGUUCCACCCACGACCAGUUCAAGUUAGUCCCUAAGCGGUGUUGAGUUAUAUAUAUAUUUUUCAAGCUGAAGAACCCGGUGCCUCCGGUCCGGCCGGAGCAACUGCAUCAGUCGGUGGCCGAACGGGCGCUGAUCCACAGGUUGCUGCAGUUGCUCCAGCGCCGGCGGCACGGUCGUUGAGUAAAUUGUAAUAGAAUUUAA